AUGAAUAGAAUCGUGCCGCAUCUUCGCGCGGUGCCAUUUGGCCGCCUUUGUGGCGGCGCAGGCGGCUACGUGGUAUGGCCCAGGAAAUCUUCACGUGCAGCCUUGCUGCAGACGUGCCAGCUGUCGUCAAGGACGCCGCAGCAAACUGCCCUGGAGUACUUGAGAGAGCUGGACGCCCUACUGGAGGAUGAGCUGGUGGAGGAGGAGUUUUACGAGCUCCAGGUGCAGCGCAUCCUCAAGGGAGCCGGCGUUUCCGACCGCACGUCUCUGGCCAAUGCGGCGGAGGCUGCGCCUGCACUGGGCCCGGAGAUCGCGGAGGAGGACCCGCACCCAGGCGUCACGGAAGAGGCCCUGCGCCGGGCCAAGGAGCAGCUGAGCGAGCUGGACGAGCUGCUGGAGGACGAGCUCAUUGAGGAAGAGGUACACGCCCGGCAGCUGAAGGACAUCCUGGCAAGCGUGGGCGCGGCGUCCCGGGAGGAGCUGGGCUGA